UCCGAGGCAAGAAUGUCUUCCCCAGCACAGGCCUCAGAGGCAGGCUUCCCCAUCCCGGUAAACAACACCCACACACUUUCCACCACUGCUCUAGGGUGAAACCCAAGGCGCUCUAGAGGAGAUGAAUUAUGGAUCCGCCCUCCCGGAAUCCUGGCUCAGCCCUCCCCACGCCACCCGGGGCCAGUCCAGUCUGCUCCCAGUCCGAGGAGGCCGCGUGUCCAGCCGCGGGCAGGAGACCGAGCAGGUCCCUGUGUCUCCAAGUCCCUGAGCCCGUGACACCGGCCCCAGGCCCGGUAGAGAGCAGACAGCCACCAUGGCGAAGGAGGAAGAUGAGGAGAAGAAAGCCAAGAAAGGGAAGAAGGGGAAGAAGGCACCGGAGCCGGAGAAGCCCAAACGGAGCCUGAAGGGGACGUCGCGGCUCUUCAUGGGUUUCCGCGACCGCACACCCAAGAUCUCCAAGAAAGGCCAGUUCCGCAGCGCCUCGGCCUUCUUCUGGGGCCUCCACACCGGCCCCCAGAAGACCAAGCGCAAGAAGAAGGCCCGCACUGUGCUCAAGUCCACGUCGAAGCUCAUGACGCAGAUGCGUAUGGGCAAGAAGAAGCGGGCGAUGAAGGGCAAGAAACCGUCCUUCAUGGUGAUCCGCUUCCCAGGCCGCCGUGGCUACGGCCGCCUUCGGCCGCGCGCCCGGUCGCUCAGCAAGGCGUCCACGGCCAUCAACUGGCUCACAAAAAAGUUCCUCCUCAAGAAGGCCGAGGAGUCGGGCAGCGAGCAGGCCACGGUGGACGCCUGGCUGCAGCGCUCGAGCUCUCGCAUGGGCUCCCGCAAACUCGCCUUCCCGUCGGGUGCCGAGAUCCUGCGGCCCGGGGGCCGGCUCCGGAGGUUCCCCCGCAGCCGCAGCAUCUACGCGUCAGGCGAGCCCCUGGGCUUCCUGCCCUCGGAGGACGAGGCCCCGUUCCAUCACUCGGGUUCCCGCAAGUCGCUGUACGGGCUUGAGGGUUUCCAGGACCUGGGCGAGUAUUAUGACUAUCACCGCGAUGGCGACGACUACUAUGACCGGCAGUCACUCCACCGCUACGAGGAGCAGGAACCCUACCUGGCGGGCCUCGGCCCCUACAGCCCGGCUUGGCCACCCUACAGCGACCACUACUACGGGUACCUGCCGGAGGACCCCUACGACUACUACCACCCCGACUAUUACGGUGGCCCCUUUGAUCCAGGGUACACCUACAGCUACGGCUAUGGCUACAAUGAUUACGAACCCCCAUAUGCGCCCCCGUCGGGGUACUCGUCUCCUUACAGCUACCACGAUGGGUACGAGGGCGAGGCGCACCCAUAUGGCUACUACCUGGAUCCCUAUGCACCGUACGACGUGCCAUACCCGCCCUAUGACCUCCCGUACCACACUCCCUACGAUGUACCCUACUUUGAUCCCUACGGGGUCCCCUACACCGUCCCCUAUGUCGAAGGCAUCUAUGGCGGUGGGGACGAGGCCAUCUACCCCCCCGAGGUGCCCUAUUUUUACCCAGAGGAGUCGACCUCGGCCUUUGUGUACCCCUGGGUACCACCGCCCAUCCUGUCGCCCCACAAUCCGUAUGCCCACCCCAUGGAUGACAUUGCCGAGCUGGAGGAGCCGGAGGACGCGGGCGGGGAGCGUCAGGGGACCUCCUUCCGCCUGCCCAGCGCCGCCUUCUUCGAGCAGCAAGGCAUGGACAAGCCCGCCAGGUCCAAGCUGUCCCUCAUCCGCAAGUUCCGCCUCUUCCCGCGACCCCAGGUGAAGCUGUUUGGGAAGGAGAAGCUGGAGGUGCCCCUGCCACCCUCUCUGGAUAUUCCUCUGCCCUUAGGGGAUGCGGACGAAGAAGAGGACGAGGAGGAGCCGCCCCCGGUGCCCAAUGUGCCCUACGGCCACCCUUUCUGGGGCUUCCUCACGCCACGCCAGCGAAACCUCCAGCGCGCGCUGUCGGCCUUCGGCGCCCACCGGGGCCUGGGCUUCGGCCCUGAGUUUGGCCGCCCCGCUCCUCGCCCUGCCACCUCGCUGGCGCGGUUCCUCAAGAAGACGCUGUCGGAGAAGAAGCCCAUUCCGCGGCUCAGGGGCAGCCAGAAGGCCCGGGCGGGCGGCCCCGCGGUCAGGGAGGCAGCCUACAAACGCUUCGGCUACAAGCUGGCUGGCAUGGACCCGGAGCGGCCCAGCACGCCCAUCGUGCUGAGGAGGGCCCAGCCACGCGCUCGCAGCGGCAACGACGCGCGCCGCCCUCCCGCGCCCGCGCCCGCGCCCAGGAAGGUCUCCCACUGGAGCGCGCUCCUGUCCCCGCCCGUGCCCCCUAGGACCCCCAGCCCCGGGCCCCCGCCUGCACCGCCCCUCUACCCGGCAUUCUCGGGCCUGCCCCGGCCGGCCUCGCCCUACGGCUCCCUCCGCCGCCACCCGCCACCCUGGGCCGCCCCAGCGCACGUGCCCCCGGCGCCGCAGGCCAGCUGGUGGGCCUUCGUGGAGCCCCCUACCGUGAGUCCGGAGAUGCCCCCCGACCUACUGGCCUUCCCCGGGCCCCGACCCUCGUUCAGGGACUCCCGCGGGCGAGGGGCGGCCUUCGGCUUCCCCGGGGCCUCCCCACGGGCGUCGCGGAGGCGAGCCUGGUCACCACUGGCCUCGCCCCAGCCCUCGCUGAAGAGCCUGCCGGGCCCCGGCUACCGCUCACCCUUGGCGCCCCCGUCGCCUCAGCUGUCCUUGCGCGCGGGACCCUUCCAGCCGCCCUUCCCGCCCCCGGCCCGCCGGCCCCGCUCGCUGCAGGAGUCCCCAGCCCCACGCAGAGCCGCGGGGCGCCUGGGCCCACCCCGCUCGCCGCUGCCGGGCUCACCCAGGCCACCCUCGCCGCCCCCGGGGCUGGGCCACAGCCCGCGGCGCCGCUCCCUGAAUCUGCCCUCGCACCUCCCGCACACGUGGCGGCGCCUCAGCGAGCCACCCACUCGGGCUGUGAAGCCACGAGUGCGCCCGCCCUUCCACCGACCGCCCGGGGCCGGAGCCGGGGCCUGGCGGGCGCCCCUGGAGCACCGGGAAAGCCCGCGAGAAGCCGAGGACUCAGAGGUGCCCUGGACCGUGCCCCCGCUGGCCCCCAUCUGGGACGUGGACAUGCCUCCCACCCAACGCCCACCCUCCCCCUGGCCAGGAGGUGCAGGCAGCCGCCGAGGCUUUUCCAGGCCACCCCCUGUGCCGGAAAACCCCUUUCUCCAGCACGUAGGCCCUGUGCCAUCCACCACCCUCCAGCCUGAGGAUGCAGCUGCUGAUAUGACCAGGGUCUUCCUGGGCAGACACCAUGAGCCGGGUCCUGGACAGCUCACCAAAUCAGCUGGCCCAACCCCUGAGAAGCCUGAAGAAGAGGCCACCCUGGGAGACCCCCAGCUGCCAGCAGAGACCAAGCCUCCAAUCCCAACACCUCCCAAGGAUGUCACACCCCCUAAGGAUGUCCUCCCAGAGCAAAAGACAUUAAGGCCCAGCCUCUCAUACCCACUGGCUGCACGUGAGCAGACCAGGGCCACAUGGCCACCAUGGCACCGCUGGGGGACACUGCCCCAAACCGCAGCCCCCUUGGCACCCACCAGGGCCCCAGAGCCCCUGCCCAAGGGGGGCAAGCGGCGCCAGGCAACCCCUGGGCGUUUUGCUGUGGUCAUGCCUCGUGUGCAGAAGCUGAGCUCUUUCCAGCGAGUUGGGCCUGCAGCCCUGAAGCCUCGAGUCCAGCCAACCCAGGACCCCAAGCCAAGAGCCUGGGGUCUUCGCUGGUCCUGCCUGUGGCUUCGGGCAGAUGCCUGUGGACCCAGGCCACGAGUACACGCCCACCCCCAGUCCUGCCACCUGGGCCCUGGAGCCGCCUGCCUCUCCCUUAAGGGCUCCUGGGAAGAGGUCGGCCCCCCAAGCUGGCGGAACAAGAUGCACUCCAUCCGAAACCUGCCAUCUGUGCGGUUCCGCGAGCAGCACAGGGAGGAUGGUGUGGAGGACAUGACACAGCUGGAAGACCUCCAGGAAACCACUGUGCUGUCCAACCUCAAGAUUAGGUUUGAACGGAACCUCAUCUACACAUACAUCGGGAGCAUCCUGGUGUCGGUGAACCCAUACCAAAUGUUUGGAAUCUAUGGGCCGGAGCAGGUGCAGCAGUACAAUGGACGGGCCCUGGGAGAGAAUCCCCCGCACCUCUUUGCUAUUGCAAAUCUCGCCUUCGCCAAAAUGCUCGAUGCCAAACAGAACCAGUGCAUAAUCAUCAGUGGAGAGAGCGGCUCUGGCAAAACUGAGGCCACCAAGCUGAUUCUUCGCUACCUGGCCGCCAUGAACCAGAAACGGGAUGUCAUGCAGCAGAUAAAGAUCCUGGAGGCAACACCCCUCUUGGAGUCCUUCGGUAAUGCCAAAACCGUCAGGAACGACAACUCCAGCCGCUUUGGGAAGUUCAUGGAAAUCUUUCUGGAAGGGGGCGUGAUCUCUGGUGCCAUAACCUCCCAGUAUCUGCUUGAGAAAUCCAGGAUCGUGUUUCAGGCCAAAAACGAGAGGAAUUACCACAUCUUCUAUGAGUUGUUGGCCGGGUUGCCUGCCCAGCUCCGGCAGGCCUUUAGCCUGCAAGAGGCUGAGACCUACUACUAUCUGAACCAGGGUGGGAACUGUGAGAUAGCAGGAAAGAGCGAUGCAGAUGACUUUCGCCGACUCCUGGCUGCCAUGGAGGUGCUGGGCUUCAGCAGCGAGGACCAGGACAGCAUCUUCCGCAUCCUGGCCUCCAUCCUGCACCUGGGCAAUGUCUACUUUGAGAAGUAUGAGAUGGAUGCACAGGAGGUGGCCUCAGUGGUGAGUGCCCGGGAGAUCCAGGCCGUGGCAGAGCUGCUGCAGAUCUCCCCUGAGGGUCUGCAGAAGGCCAUCACCUUCAAAGUGACCGAGACAAUGCGAGAGAAGAUCUUCACGCCCCUAACUGUGGAGAGCGCUGUGGAUGCCAGGGACGCCAUCGCCAAGGUCUUGUAUGCACUGCUGUUCAGCUGGCUCAUCACCAGGGUCAACGCACUGGUGUCCCCACGGCAGGACACGCUGUCCAUCGCCAUCCUGGACAUCUAUGGUUUCGAGGACUUGAGCUUCAACAGCUUUGAGCAGCUGUGUAUUAACUACGCAAACGAGAACCUUCAGUACCUUUUCAACAAGAUUGUCUUCCAGGAGGAGCAGGAGGAGUAUAUCCGUGAGCAGAUCGACUGGCAGGAGAUCACCUUUGCUGACAACCAGCCCUGCAUCAACCUCAUCUCACUGAAACCUUAUGGCAUCCUGCGAAUCCUCGAUGACCAGUGUUGCUUUCCCCAGGCUACAGACCACACCUUCCUACAGAAGUGCCACUACCAUCAUGGCGCCAACCCGCUCUAUUCCAAACCCAAGAUGCCGCUGCCUGAGUUCACCAUCAAGCACUAUGCAGGCAAGGUCACCUACCAGGUGCACAAGUUCCUGGACAAGAACCACGACCAAGUGCGCCAGGACGUGCUGGAUCUGUUCGUACGGAGCCGGACACGGGUGGUGGCACACCUCUUCUCCAGCCAUGCCCCACAGGCUGCCCCUCAGCGCCUGGGCAAGAGCAGCUCCGUCACUCGGCUCUACAAGGCACACACCGUGGCUGCCAAGUUCCAGCAGUCACUCCUGGAUCUGGUGGAAAAGAUGGAGAGGUGUAACCCCUUGUUCAUGCGUUGCCUGAAGCCCAACCACAAGAAGGAGCCAAAUCUCUUUGAGCCAGAUGUGGUAAUGGCACAGUUACGCUAUUCAGGGGUGCUGGAGACCGUGAGGAUCCGCAAGGAGGGAUUUCCAGUGCGCCUGCCUUUCCAAGGGUUCAUCGACAGGUACUGCUGUCUAGUGGCCCUCAAGCAUGACCUGCCGGCUAAUGGGGACAUGUGUGUGUCAGUGCUGAGUCGCCUGUGCAAAGUCAUGCCAAACAUGUACCGUGUUGGGGUCAGCAAGCUGUUCCUUAAGGAACACCUAUACCAGCUGCUGGAGAGUAUGCGAGAGCAUGUCCUGAAUCUGGCAGCCCUCACGCUGCAGCGCUGCCUCCGUGGCUUCUUCAUUAAGCGGCGAUUCCGCUCUCUGCGCCACAAGAUCAUCCUGCUGCAAAGCCGGGCUCGUGGCUACCUUGCCAGGCAACGCUAUCAGCAGAUGAGGAGGAGUCUGGUGAAGUUCCGGUCCCUGGUACACGCAUACAUGAGCCGCCGACGCUAUCUCAAGGAGCUGAGCAAGCGGGAGGUAGUGGCUGUGGGGCACCUGGAGGUACCGGCUGAGCUGGCUGGGCUCUUGCAAGCAGUGGCAGGCCUCAGGCUGGCCCAGGUGCCUCAGGUGGCCCCUGUGCGGACUCCUCGGCUCCAGGCUGAGCCCCGUGUCACACUGCCCCUGGACAUCAACAACUAUCCUAUGGCCAAGUUUGUCCGGUGCCACUUCAAGGAACCUGCCUUUGGGAUGCUGACAGUGCCCCUGAGGACACCCCUCACGCAGCUGCCCGCCGAGCACCAUGCAGAAGCCGUGAGCGUCUUCAAGCUGAUCCUGCGCUUCAUGGGUGACCCCCACCUGCAUGGUGCCCGGGAGAACAUCUUCGGGAACUACAUUGUGCAGAAGGGGCUGGCGGUGCCUGAGCUGCGGGACGAGAUCCUGGCACAGCUGGCCAAUCAGGUGUGGCACAAUCACAAUGCCCACAAUGCUGAGCGGGGCUGGCUGCUGCUGGCCACCUGCCUCAGUGGCUUUGCACCUUCCCCGCGCUUCAACAAGUACCUUCUCAAGUUUGUGUCUGAUUAUGGGCGGAAUGGCUUCCAGGCUGUGUGUCAGCAUCGCCUCAUGCAGGCCAUGGGCCGGGCCCAACAGCAGGGCUCGGGGGCUGCCCGCACCUUACCCCCGACCCAGCUCGAGUGGACAGCGACCUAUGAGAAGGCCAACAUGGCGCUGGACGUGGGCUGCUUCAAUGGUGACCAGUUCUCCUGCCCGGUGCACUCCUGGAGUACGGGAGAAGAAGUGGCUGGAGACAUUCUGAGGCACAGGGGGCUGGCAGAUGGCUGGCGUGGCUGGACCGUGGCCAUGAAGAAUGGUGUCCAGUGGGCAGAGCUGGCUGGCCACGACUAUGUGUUGGACCUGGUGUCGGACCUGGAGCUGCUCAGGGACUUCCCUCGACAGAAGUCCUACUUCAUUGUGGGUGCAGAGGGGCCUGUAACCAGCAGGGGAGGCCCCAAAGUGGUGUUUGGGAACAGCUGGGACUCGGAUGAGGACACACCCACUAGACCCCAGCCCCAGGAGCACAUGCACGAAGUACCUGACUCUGAUGGGUACAGCAGCCACAAUGAGGAUGGUACAAAUGGGGAGACUGAGGCCCAAAGAGGGACAGCAACCCACCAAGAGUCAGACAGUCUUGGAGAGCCUGCUGUGCCCCACAAGGGGCUGGACUGCUACCUGGAUAGCCUCUUCGACCCCGUGCUGUCCUAUGGGGAUGCGGACCUGGAGAAGCCAACAGCCAUUGCCUACCGAAUGAAAGGGGGAGGCCAGCCCAGUGGAGGCAGCAGUAGUGGUACUGAAGACACCCCCAGGAGACCCCCAGAGCCAAAGCCAAUCCCAGGCCUGGACGCCUCCACAUUGGCUCUACAGCAAGCCUUCAUCCACAAACAGGCCGUGCUGCUGGCCCGGGAGAUGACCCUGCAGGCCAUGGCGCUCCAGCAGCAGCCCCUGAGUGCUGCCCUGAGAUCCUUGCCCACAGAGAAACCCCCAGCACCAGAGGCACAGCCGAAGUCUGUAGGCACCGGUCCCCCUGCCAAACCUGUGCUUCUUCGUGUCACUCCAAAGCCCUUGGCUCCAGCCCCUCUGAAGGCUCCAAGGCUCACCACUAAGCCUGUGGCUGCCCCUGUUCUAGCUCAGGAUCAGGCUUCUCCAGAAACCACUUCACCCUCCCCAGAGUUGGUCCGGUACUCAACGCUCAACUCGGAGCACUUCCCACAGCCCACACAGCAGAUCAAGAAUAUUGUCAGGCAGUACCAGCAGCCAUUCCGGGGAGGCCGGCCCGAGGCCCUCAGGAAGGAUGGCGGGAAGGUGUUCAUGAAGCAGCCAGACCCCCACGAGGAGGCCCUGAUGAUCCUGAAGGGGCAGAUGACUCACCUGGCAGCUGCACCUGGCACCCAGGUGUCCAGAGAGGCUGUGGCCCUGGUGAAGCCGGUGACCAGUGUGCCAAGGCCAUCCAUGGCACCCACUUCAGCUCUGCCCUCGCGGUUGCUGGAGCCCCCUGAGGAACCCAUGCAGACGCGGCUGCACCGCCUCAUCAACCCCAGCUUCUACGGCUAUCAGGACGCCCCCUGGAGGAUCUUCCUGCGCAAAGAGGUGUUUUACCCCAAGGACAGCUACAGCCAUCCUGUGCAGCUUGACCUCCUGUUCCGGCAGAUCCUGCACGACACACUCUCCGAGGCCUGCCUGCGCAUCUCUGAGGAUGAGAGGCUCAGAAUGAAGGCCUUGUUUGCCCAGAAUCAGCUGGACACACAGAGGCCCCUGGUAACAGAGAGUGUGAAGCGGGCCGUGGUCAGUGCUGCACGAGACACCUGGGAGGUCUACUUCUCCCGCCUCUUCCCUGCCACGGGCAGUGUGGGCACUGGUGUGCAGCUCCUAGCUGUGUCCCACGUGGGCAUCAAACUCCUGAGGAUGGUCAAAAGUGGCCAGGAGGCUGGCGGGCAGCUGCGGGUCCUGCGUGCAUACAGCUUUGCAGAUAUCCUGUUUGUGACCAUGCCCUCCCAGAACAUGCUGGAGUUCAACUUGGCCAGUGAGAAGGUCAUCCUCUUCUCAGCCCGAGCACACCAGGUCAAGACCCUGGUGGAUGACUUCAUUUUGGAGCUGAAGAAGGACUCUGACUACGUGGUCGCUGUGAAGAACUUCCUGCCUGAAGACCCAGCGCUGCUGGCUUUCCACAAGGGCGACAUCAUACACCUGCAGCCCCUAGAGCCACCUCGAGUGGGCUACAGUGCCGGCUGCGUGGUUCGCAAGAAGGUGGUAUACCUGGAGGAGCUGCGACGUAGAGGUCCCGACUUUGGCUGGAGGUUCGGGACCAUCCACGGGCGCGUUGGCCACUUCCCUUCGGAGCUGGUGCAGCCCGCUGCUGCCCCCGACUUCCUGCAGCUGCCAGCGGAGCCGGGCCGCGGCCGAGCAGCCGCCGUGGCCGCUGCUGUGGCCUCUGCAGCCGCUGCACAGGAGGUGGGCCGCAGGAGAGAGGGUCCCCCAGUCAGGGCCCACUCUGCUGACCAUGGGGAGGAUGCCCUGGCGCUCCCACCCUACACAAUGCUCGAGUUUGCCCAGAAGUAUUUCCGAGACCCUCAGAGGAGACCCCAGGAUGGCCUCAGGCUGAAAUCCAAGGAGGCUCGGGAGUCCAGAACCUUGGAGGACAUGCUUUGCUUCACCAAGACUCCCCUCCAGGAAUCCCUCAUCGAACUCAGCGACAACAGCCUCAACAAGAUGGCCACCGACAUGUUCCUAGCUGUGAUGAGGUUCAUGGGGGAUGCCCCACUGAAGGGCCAGAGUGACCUGGACGUGCUUUGUAACCUCCUGAAGGUCAGUCCAGCCAACUUUGCCAGAUGCCUCCUUUCCUGCUCUGUGGCUCAGUUUCCCCAUCUGUCAAUGAGUCACAGGACAUUAGGGUGGGAAACCUCUCCCAUGGUCCAAAAAGGAAUGCAUCAUGCUGAUGGGGAGGGGGCUGGGAAAGGGACACCAGGCCUGUCUUCAGGUGCCCACCCUGUUCUUAUGUACCUGGUAUGUGACAUAGCCCCUAGCCUGUCUUUGGUGUGUAACCUCCCUGUCCUCCUUCAGCUGUGCGGGGACCAUGAGGUCAUGCGGGAUGAAUGUUACUGCCAAGUUGUGAAGCAGAUCACAGACAAUACCAGCUCCAAGCAGGACAGCUGCCAGCGAGGCUGGAGGCUGCUAUACAUCGUGACUGCCUACCACAGCUGCUCUGAGGUCCUCCACCCACACCUCACUCGCUUCCUCCACGACGUGAGCCGGACCCCGGGCCUGCCCUUUCAGGGGAUCGCCAAGGCCUGUGAGCAGAACCUGCAGAAAACCUUGCGCUUCGGGGGUCGUCUGGAGCUCCCCAGCAGCAUAGAGCUUCGCGCCAUGUUGGCAGGCCGCAGUUCCAAGAGGCAACUCUUUCUUCUUCCUGGAGGCCUUGAACGCCAUCUCAAAAUUAAAACAUGCACUGUGGCCCUGGACGUGGUGGAAGAGAUCUGUGCUGAGAUGGCUCUGACACGCCCUGAGGCCUUCAGUGAAUAUGUUAUCUUCGUUGUCACCAACCGUGGCCAGCAUGUGUGCCCACUCAGUCGCCGUGCUUACAUCCUGGAUGUGGCCUCAGAGAUGGAGCAGGUGGACGGCGGCUACAUGCUGUGGUUCCGGCGUGUGCUCUGGGAUCAGCCACUCAAGUUCGAGAAUGAGCUAUAUGUGACCAUGCACUACAACCAGGUCCUGCCUGACUAUCUGAAGGGCCUCUUCAGCAGUGUGCCAGCCAGCCAGCCCAGCGAGCAGCUGCUGCAGCAGGUGUCCAAGCUGGCUUCACUGCAGCAUCGCGCCAAGGACCACUUCUACCUGCCGAGCGUGCGGGAAGUCCAGGAGUACAUCCCAGCCCAGCUCUACCGUACAACAGUAGGCUCGACCUGGCUCAACCUGGUCAGCCAGCACCGGCAGCAGACACAGGCGCUCAGCCCCCACCAGGCCCGUGCCCAGUUUCUGGAGCUGCAGCAACAUUGCUGUGCCAGCCCCUUGCAUCCUUGCUGUCAACCACAAUGGCCUCAACUUUCUCAGCACAGAGACUCAUGUGAGUGGCCUCAGCCUGGCACUGCCAUCACCACCCUCUGUUCCCUGGUCCCCUACCCCCUCCAAGGGGCCAAGACCUCCAGCCACCGAAGCCCAGUUCCACUGGUUACCACCUUUAUGAUCUCAGGCAAGUCUCUUGCCCUCUCUGAGCCUUGCUUUCCUCAUCUGGAAAAUGAGGAUAAGAGUUGAGCCCACCCAUAGGGCUGUUGUGAAGGUGAGAUGAGGUAAAACAUACCCUAUGCACUCAAAUAGUACAUCUGUGUGCUUGGGCUGCCGUAACAAAAGACCACAGACUGAGUAACUUAAACAACAGAAGUUGAUUUCUCACAAUUCUGGAGGCUGGCGGUCCAAGGUCAAGGUGUCAGCAGGUCUGGUUUCUUUGGUGGUUUGCAGACAGCUGUCUUCUUGCCGCGUCCUCACAUGGCCUUUCCUCUGUGUGCGCACAGCCCUGGUAUCUCUUUUUGUAUCCUAAUUUCCUCUUAUAAGGACACCUGUCAUAUUGGAGGAGGGCCCAUCCUAACAGCUUCAUUUUAACUUAGUCACCUCUUUAAAGCCCUUAUUUCUAAAUACAUUCUGAGGCACUGGGAGUUAGGGUUUCAACAUGGGAAUUUGGUGGGGGACAUGAUUCAGCCCAUAUUAAGUAGGACCUGUUACCCCCUUAGUUUUUGCUCCCAGAACUAGACCCUGAGACAGGGAUUCCAGGGCAAGUGGUUGAUUUAGAGUUGAUUCCAGGAAACACUGGAGUGAGGAAGUGAGACAGGGAAGGGAUGGAGCCAGUAGAGGGGGUGUUAGCAAGCAAGUUGCUGAUGUGGGCACCUGGAGGUCAGUCCAGCUGGGGAGCCCUGAGAGAUAGCCUAGGGCUUUGCUUCUGUCCUGGGAACAAGGGAGCUGGGGUGUCUAUUCAACACUUCCCAUCUGUCAUUAGCAAGGGCUUCUUUCUGAGGCAUUAACUCUCUAUCACUCUGACUUUCCCUGUAUGUGGUCUAAGUUUGCUUCCUGGGCCAGAAGAAAAGCCCCUAGACAGGCUAGGUACUUGACUCACAUCUGUAACCCUAGCACUUAGGGAAUCAGAGGCAGGAGGAUUCCUUGAGCCCAGGAGUUUGAGACUGGCCUGGGCAACACAGGAGGCCCCGUUUUCCACAAAAAGGAAAUUUUAAAAAGAGGUGCCGGUGUUCACAAGAAGCAACUUUGAUGUGAAGUUCAGGGCACCAAUACCUCUGUAUCCCAAGCACUUAGAACACUUAGAGCAGUCCCUGGCACAUGGUAGAUGCAUCAUCAGUAUUUGUUGAAUCAAUUUCACAGGUGAGGAAACUGAGGUCCAGAGAGGUAAAGUGAUUUGCUCAAGGUCACACAAAUCACUGGGGAACUGGUACUUGAACUGGAGUGAGUCUCGUGCCUCCUAUAGAUCUGAUUUGCAGGGGAGGGGUAAGAGUGGUUGAGACUGUCCUCACCCACAG